AUGGAUAUUGGCGGCCUCACCACAGUGGUAGCAAACUCGGCAUACAUUUCAGCUCGUGGCAGCUUUGAUGGCACCGCCAACCCAGCAGCUAAUCGGGACAAGAAGUUCCACUCCAAGCUUAAGCUGCCCCACAUCACAGUAUGUGAAGGCCUUAGGGAGACCCUGGACCUCCAGUUCAAGAGCAUCUGUGUUGAACAGCCCAUUGGCAAACGCCUGUUCCAAGAAUACUUAGAGACAGCUAAUGAAUACAAGGGGCCCUGCCGCCUGUGGAAGGAUGUGGAGGAGUAUGACACAGCCGAGGAUAAGGAUCGUGCCAGCAAGGCUGCCAAGAUCCUUCAACGCUACAUGGAACCUUCAGCCAAAUACUUUUGCCCCUUCCUGCCCGAAAACGACAUCACCAAGGUGAAGGAGCGACAUGAGGAAGCUUCAGAUGACUUGUUUGUUGACAUCCUGGCCUGUGUUCUUGACUUCCUCAAGGAGGUUCCCUUCACCUUCUACCUGGAGACCAUGUACUUCAAGAGGUUCUUGCAGUGGAAGUGGCUGGAGAUGCAGCCUGUAACUGAGGAGUGGUUCCUGGACUUCCGUGUGCUUGGCAAGGGGGGCUUCGGAGAGGUGUCUGCCUGUCAGAUGAGGGCCACGGGAAAGCUGUAUGCCUGCAAGAAGCUAAACAAGAAAAGGCUGAAGAAGAGGAAAGGCAAUGAGGGCGCCAUGGUGGAGAAAAGAAUUCUGGCUCGUGUUCACAGCAGAUUCAUUGUUUCCCUGGCCUAUGCCUUCCAGACCAAGACAGAACUUUGCCUGGUCAUGACCAUCAUGAAUGGGGGAGACUUGAGGUACCACAUCUAUAAUGUAGAUGAGAAUAAUCCAGGCUUUGACGAGCCCAGAGCGUGCUAUUAUGCUGCUCAGAUCAUUCAAGGCUUGGAGCACCUCCAUCAGAAGAGAAUCAUCUACAGGGACCUGAAGCCAGAGAAUGUUCUUCUUGACAAUGAAGGUAACGUGCGUAUUUCUGACCUUGGCUUGGCUGUGGAGUUAGCAGAAGGCCAGGAAAAGACAAAGGGCUAUGCUGGCACUCCAGGGUUCAUGGCCCCAGAGCUGCUGAGAGGAGAGGAAUAUGACUACUCUGUAGAUUACUUCACUCUUGGGGUCACUCUCUAUGAAUUCAUUGCUGCCAAAGGUCCCUUCAGGACUCGAGGAGAGAAGGUGGAGAACAAAGAGGUGAAGAAGCGCAUCCUGAAUGACCCAGUAACCUACACAGAGAAGUUCAGUGAGAAUGCCAAGUCCAUAUGUGAGGCCUUGCUAGCCAAGGAGGUGGACAAAAGACUGGGCUUCAAAAACGAGACUUGUGAUGAGCUGCGUGCCCACCCUUUCUUCAGCAGCAUCAACUGGAGAAAGCUUGAUGCAGGAAUUCUGCCACCCCCAUUUGUCCCUGAUUCAAAGACCGUUUAUGCCAAGAACCUUGAUGACGUGGGUGCCUUCUCCACUGUGAAAGGGGUCACCCUGGAAGACCCAGAUAAAGAGUUUUUUGAUGAGUUCGCUUCUGGAAAUAUCUCCAUACCUUGGCAGGAAGAGAUGAUUGAGACAGGCAUCUACGGCGAGCUGAACGUGUGGGGUCCUGGUGGCACGGUGCCCAAUGACCUCCGGCGUGAGUCCAUCCUGGAGCAGCCAAAGUCUUCCACCUGUAGCAUAUCAUAA